UUAUCUCCUAUUCAUGGGGGGGCAAGGAAAGAUAAUUAUUUUAAUUUUAAUUCAUAGGAAAUAAUUUACGUGUGUGCGAGUGGGUUUUCGGUGUGGACACGGUGGCCUGCGUGGAGUGGCCGGUCGCAUCAGGUGCUGUGCGGGGAGUGCGGGGAUGAUCUGUGCUGCCUUGUUCUGUGCGCUACCCCAACAACCCGUGCGGUGAUGGCGAGGAAACCCCGUUGACAAGGCACUGCUUUUUCAUGACGGAAACAAAGGGUGUUCAAUGACUGAAUCCAUGCGUCCUGCCAGAAAUCUGUGUCAUGGAUGAUGAGGACGAUCGCCGUCUUCUGGAUAUUAUAGGAGAUGUUGAUGCACUGAAUGACUAUCUCCAUGGCUGCAAUAGCAAGUCUAUUGAAGAGGAUGACGUGACAAAUGCAGCUUAUGGAUCUGAUGGGUCCUUCUUUGCUGGCAACACUGCUGGCACCAACUCUGGCCUCAAGGAUGGCUCCACGACAGUGGGUGAAUUUGGCGAGGAUUCAGCAGGAGCAGGCCUCCAGCUCUCCAGCGGCCUUUCGUUCAUUGAGGAUGAAUUGGGGGCCGGGGGCUCCCCUGCAGGGGUGGAUCUUGGGGGGGAGGACCAGCCCUUCGACAUCCUGCAGAAGUCUCUUCUGGAGGCGGACAUUACAGAGCAGACGCUGGCCCAGGAGGCCUUACUCGACUCCCAGCCUGCUCCCACCCAGGUGCAGGCGCCUGUCCCCUUCCACUCCCAGCUGGUCUCUGGGGGUUAUGGAGGGGGAAUGGGUGUGGUUACCACGGCAACAGCUGCAUUCCCUGCUGGCCAGUUCCUCCAAGGGGUGUCUCAGCUGCCCAAUGGCUCAGCCCAGCACAUCCAGGUGUUGGGCUCGUUUGGGGCAGGUGGUGGGGUGAUGACUUUGAGCAGCUUGGAGAGAACUCCUCAGAUUGUGCUGAGGCCCGGGGGGCCUGUUGCCACAGCAGGUACAGCAGCAGGGGGGCAGGUGUUUGCCCCUUCGCAUGGGCAGGUAGGCCAAGUUGGCUUACCAUUCAAAAAUAUCCCUGUUCAGAACAUUAUCAUCCAGAGAGGUCCCGGUGGGACCCAGACUCUUGUCAGACCUAUCCAGCCUAAACCUCUCCAAGCUGGAGCCCAGACUGUCUACAGCCUAGGCCUUCAGCCCACUCCCACCACAAUGACAAAUGUAGCUAAUGCUAACACCGCUACUCCUGGUGGACAGUACGCAGCCAACGGCUCCAUUGUUGUGCACUCACCCAUGGGGCAGCAGCAAGCACAGGGCCAGACAAAUAUCACACCUGGACAGUUCCUGCUGCCCAGCUCUAUGGCACUUACGCCUGCCAGCACCAUCCACAACGGCCCCGCCGACCCCAACUCAAAUGCCCUCAUUACCAAUCAGAAUGCAGUGCAGAUUGUUGCAGGGCAGAACUUCACUGCAGCGCCAGGAGGCCAGUUAAUUGUAAAUCAGGGUGUGGUCAGUGGUGGUCAGGUCACGGGUGCUGUCACGCAAACAUGGACAGGAUUUUCUGGAGCAAACCCCGCCCCUGUCCAGACAUCAUCUGCUCCUGGACGACUGACUCUGGUUGGCCCAGCAACAACGGGGGUCGGGGGUCGAGGCCAGGUUUCAGCUAGCCCUGUUCAGCGCCUCUUGGUGACUCAGACUCAGAACUGCACUUCUCUAUCCCCUUUGCCUGGUACUGCUACAACAGCACAAGAACAACAAGACUACAGACAGAAUUCUCCAUCGCCUGCCCUGAAACAGGACAGCCGACAGGCACAGCUCAGCAAUCUCCAUGGUAACAAAGUUGUAAAAACCAUGACAGUCAUCAGUCAAGAUUCAACGCUAAACUUGCAGGCCAGUGCACAGAAGAGGCCAGCCCUUCCACCAGUUACCAGAGGAGGAAUGAUUUUGCAGCACUUGAGGAAGGAUCACGCUGGAGUUCAGACCUCAGAUCGCAGCCGAUUCACUUCAUUUGACGACACAUUGCAAAGACUUCUCCCCUACCACGUGUUCCAGGGGUCUCCGCCCAGCAACGAUGAGUUUGCACAGGUGGAUGAAGAAUUUGAGCAUGUGGCAACUCAGGUGUUGAAGAGGACGCAGGCCAUGGUGAACAAAUACAGGCGACUACUAAUGGUGGAAGCUGAGCAGUGCUCCAGUCCGUCAUCAGAAAUGGUGAUGAUCGACAGAACCUUCAACCAAGAGGAGCGCAGCAACCUGACACAGGACAAACGCAUGGUACUAGUCGAUCCAGACGGCUUCCUGGAGGACUUCUGUUGCGGGGUGAAAUCCAGUCCAGUCCCCGAUCCUUUGGUUUCUCAAUCUUUGUCCGACUCAAGUUGGAAACAUAUAGGGAGGGACUCUACAGAGCCGCCCUACAGGACAGACUCCCAACCCGGGUAUGGAGACCCUGGAGGGGGUGAGGAUGGAGGAGCAGGUGUAGGAGGUGGGCCCCAUCCUCCACACUUAGAAAAUAAAAAUGUCUUGGACCUGAAGAGGACCCAGCAAUGCUAUGGGGCCAGCAACACUAGCAACAACAGCCUCAUCCCCGCCAGUGGUUAUCUUCAAGGUAACCUCUCAUCCUUUGCUGCAACACCGGGAGGACAGACGCACUACCAGGUGUCUCACCACCUUUCCUCCCACCCCACCCAGCCCCACUACGCCCCUGAGCUCACCUCGCCCCCUCCGCCCGACACAGACUCUGUUUUAGAAGCAGCGGUCAACAGCAUCCUGGAAUGUUAAGAUUGAAGGACCACUGAUACGUCGCUCCUCAUCAUCCCUAACGUCCGCCCACCUUGGGUUCAGACUUCUCAUGUGUUUUGUUUGCUUUUCUUUGUCACUUUUUGUCAAAGUCUCUUGUUGUAAUAACUGGUGUGUGUCCCACAGCCCUGUGUGAAGAGAGGUUAACUCCUCUGUCAUGGAAGUAAUAGCUGUCUGUGGUCUCUGUGAUACCAUAUCCUGCCGUGUAGCAUGUGUUUGGGUUUAUUUGGGGGAUUUCAGGCAGGUAGUAGGAUUCGGUGACUUUUCUAAGGUGCCAGUCGGACCCAGGCACCUAGAUUUACCUGAAAAGAAUCAGACAAGUGUGCAAUGCAGUGAACAAAAAGAUGGAAGAUAUUCUUUUUUGUUUAUUUUAAACAUUUCAUUUUAAUGGAGUAGGUUCUGUGGGUCUAUGAAGAAUCAAGCCACUUUAGUACCUAGAAUGCAAGGGUAAUCCUCUCUUCACACACAAACACACCCCUUUACAUGUUGUGCCAGUCCACUACCUAUGCUGAGGAAAGGGGAUAAGGAAGAGGGGCAAAAUGAUGACUCUGUGCCUGAGAAAUGUUAUGUUUUCCUUUUUGAAACGUUUACAUGAAGAAGCCUUGUUCAAAAAUAUCCUCUUUAUUUUUGCCCCUGGCAUUACAAACAUGCAUUGUGCACACACAUUCUUUUGCACAGUGUUAUCAAGUUUGUCAGAGAUUAAUUUAUGAUUUUAGGCUUGGAAUAUGUCCAUCAUUAUCAUCUUUGAGACAUAUGCCAUAGAGAUUUUGGUCUUGAUGCGCCAACUGACAUAGGAAAUUACUUUGUUUCAAAGUAGUGAUGCAUAUUAACAGGAAUGACAUACAGACAGCAUAAGGCUGUCAUGAAUACAUGCCAGGUUGAGCAGAAUAUGAACGUCUGGAACAUAACCAAAGUCUGUUUGCUUGCUGGGUGAUUACAGCUGCCAGCAACAAGGAUCACCUCUUUUUCACUUUAUCGGCCAGUCAGUCUAGUCAUAUAGAUGUAAUAAAUAGUACUCAACAAUGCUUUUUCCUGUACUUCAGUCAUAUUUUAUUUGGCAUUUUUUUUCUUUUGUACCUUAAAGGUAUGUGAGCCCCUACACACACACACAGGACAAAUCUCCUUUUUCACAGCACACACACACAAACCAUACGUGCGCACUUUCUCACCCACCUUCUCACUUCAGUGUGUUUGUGUCGGGAGCUAAAUCCUCAGAUUGAGGAAGAUAUGUUACGAUAUGUUUAUCUUUUUUUUAAUUUUUAUUUUUAUUUCUGACUAUUAACAGAAGACUGUUUUGUUCCUCGUAAUGUGUGCCCCAGCUUUUUCAACACGGUCAGAUGACAUUAUUUGUUAAGCGUCCUUGGACGGUUGUUGAUUGUAUGUAUGUUUGUCUGCCUUUUGCAUAUGAUUGAUCAUAUAUGUAUGCAUUACUACCUUUAUAGGUCUGUGUGUGUGUGUGUGUGUGUAUGUGUAUGUGUGUGUUUCCAUAUGGUUCAAUUGUUGUUUGAUUGCGGUCCUUUAAACGUCAUUCCUAAAUGGUCACUCAGUCCUGCAAAAUGUGUUUCUCAGUUCCCAGUCCUCUUCUGAAUCCCCCCCCCUCCUCCCAACACCACCCCGCAACUCGAUUCCCUCUCAGCAGCUCAACCAAAAUUAAUGGGCGAGAGUGUGCUCCUGUCCAGAAUCAACCUCAAGUCCACACGUCUUUGUACUGGUGACAGCAGUAUGGCGUAGGUCUGAAAAAGCAAAGUGCAUCUGCUAACAGUUUUCCUAACAGUGGUGGCUGGUCACAGCUGUGGUUUGGGCUGCAUGUAUGUUCUUGGUUUGGCUUCAGUUCUGACUCUAAUAUAAGCUGUAACACUGAAACUGCUCGUAUUUAUUUAGAUAAAAGCAUUCAUUGUAAAUGCUGGCCUUAUAUUUGUUUUUGUGGUUUGAAACUGCUGCCGCGGCUAACCUUAAAUUUAGAGGAAGAAAAAUAUGGUGUAAGCAAAAAAAAAAAAAAAAAGCAAAUUCUCACAAAUUCUUCAGAGGACCAAA